GUCAAAAUUUAUCUGGUUCACUUAAAUUAGUGUUGUUUUAACCAUCCUAUAGAAGAUGAAUAUGAUGCCAAACAGAAGUAACCUCUCCUCCUUUCAGAAUGUUGGAUCAGAUUCCAGCAAGAUUAUGGCAGAGUAUAGCCACGCGCAAAACCAGAUGGAAUUACAAAAUGCUAGUUUGGGAAAGGGUUCUGUGGCGAAUUCUCUUGAAAAUGGUCUCCAGGAUAUUAUGGAAAACCUCGACACGAAGAAAUACUCAUCAACUCUCAAAUUUAAAACAAAUGGGGACUAUGCUGGCUCUUAUUUAACCCUUUCACAACCCAUGCCAGUUAAACCUAAUGCUUCUUGCAGUGUUAAAAAUAUACACUCUAUUAACAAAAUUCAGGGAGGCAAACAGUUCCCCUGUGAAGGCCCAUAUCUUCCAGAUAAAAGCAUCUCUGUAAAGCAUUUGGGUUCCAUAUCAGGCACGUCUCCAUCCCUCAGUGGGUACGGUUUAGGGAGGACAGAUUUUGAUAUUCAUGCCAGCAGAGAGAAUGAAAAAUCCCUUGGACACAUGGAUAAGUUCCAUUACUCGAAGUACAGUCAGAAAAACAAAUCGUAUGACAAUGUCUACUUCCCAGGAAUGCUGGAGACAAAGAAGAUCUCGGGCUCUCUUCUGACUAUGUGGAAUGGAAGCUCGGGGAAUGACCUGGUGCUUUCACCUGCUAGCAAUUCAGGGGCAGCCAGCAUGCCUUCUAGCCCAAAGCAGGGUAGGAGAAUGAAUAUUGAAAACAGCCUGGCCCUUCACAUAAAGCCGGUUAAGUACAAGGAUGUGAUGAUGGAAACUCUGAGUUCACGGCCUAGGAAAUACUCUGGUGGAUCUCUAAGUCAUAUGGGAGUGUACAGUCGUUCCCUACCCAGACUUUAUAAAUCAGCAGAAAACCAGCUGGUGCCAUUAAGUUUGCCCCCCAGAAGCUCUCUGGGUAAUAGUAAAAGGAAAAAACUUGGAGAAAAAGAUCUACCUCAGAAUGCUUUAGAUGCUGAUAAUUACCUGAAUUUUUCUUCUUGCAGCUCAGGGGUUUCACCACAUGCAAACUCUGUCUCUGGGAGUAAUCCCUAUGUCAGUUCAACUCUUAGUGUUCCUGCAAGCCCUCGAAUUGCGAAAAAAAUGCUUUUAGCACCUUCUUCCCCAUAUCUCUCUGAUGAUUUUGAUAGACUUGGACUCUCAGGAACAAGUCCCAGUAGUUCUUUCUCCCCAGUGGAUUUUGACAGGUCGUUCUCUGCCCGAAGAAACCUUUCCACCAGUUCUGUGGAACUUGAUGACCCAGAUCUGGAAAGUUACAGACAAACACCAAAUUCUCUGCAAACAUCCAUGCGAGAGCGGAAGAACAGCAUUAGCUCGAUUUCAGGAAGAGAAGACCUCAUGGACUAUCACAGGAGGCAGAGGGAAGAGCGACUUCGGGAGCAGGAGAUGGAACGGCUGGAACGACAGCGACUGGAGACAAUCCUCAAUCUGUGUGCAGAAUACUCCAAAUCGGACGGCGACCCUGCUGCAACCACCACAGUUGCUGAUGUUCAAAAAAUUAACAAAGAACUCGAGAAACUUCAGCUCUCUGAUGAGGAUUCAGUGUUUGAAGACUCCCAAAUGAAUCUAGAAACGAGGUUCAGAAGCCACUUGAAAUCAUCUGCCAGUGAUUCGGAUUUCUCGGAGCUGAGCAACCACAGCCGUGGCACUGCUGCUUACCUUCCCUCCAGAGGGUUGAGAGCUGAUGAGCACUUCAAUGAAACCAUGAAGCCUCUAACUUUUGCUGCUUCAGGCUUCCUGAAGGAUGCCACCGAGUCAUCCUACCUAAGCAUCACACCAAAGAUACCAGAAUGCACCAGUGAUGAGCAAAGGAGGCAGGAGCUUGGUCGACUGGAGGAGGAGCGCAUAGUAAUACUAAAUAACUUGGAAGAACUUGAGCAGAAGAUCAAAGAUUUAAAUGACCAGAUGGAUGAAUCCUCAAGAGAGUUGGAUAUGGAAUGUGCCCUUUUGGAUGGGGAACAGAAAUCUGAAACAACAGAGCUGCUGAAAGAGAAGGAAAUAUUGGAUCAUCUAAACAGAAAAAUAGCUGAGCUGGAGAGAAAUGUUAUUGGUGAAAAGACAAAG